AGGAGGACCGGAUCCAUCAAGUUCUUCCUGCUCCUCAGAUUAGAGCUGGUCCUCCUGGUCCAGCUGGUCCUGUUGGUCCUUCAGGCCCUCCAGGAGCAAGAGGCCCUGCAGGGACACCAGGUCUGCCAGGACAGGAUGGAAAGGAAGGCCUCCCAGGUGGACCGGGCAGUCCGGGCCCCAAAGGAGACCCAGGGGAAAGGGGAGCCCCAGGAGCUGCGGGAGAGCAGGGCGUACCUGGAGCACCAGGACCGAAGGGAGAGCCGGGAGCAGGCCUGAGCGAGGGCGAGGCCGUGCAGCAGCUCAGGGAGGCCCUGAAGAUCCUGGCGGAAAGAGUCCUGAUCCUGGAGCACAUGAUCGGGAUUCACGAGAGCUCUGAGGGAUCUGGAUUCGGUGGCCUCUCUGACCCCUUGUUGUUCAGCCUGAAGACGAAGCGUCAGCCCGUUCCUCAGACUCCGCUGCUAAUCCAGAGGCAAAGACGGGUCCCCCUUUAAUGCUGCGCUAGUGGUUUUUUAUUUUUAUUUUUUCAUUUGUGUGUAUUAAUAUGAGAAGUUUUGGGGAAAAAAACUUGCAUAAAUGGAUGUUUUUGUUUUUUACGUUUUUAUUUGUCAGAUUUGGUGCUCAUUUAACCGACUCUUCUGACACAAACCAGUACUGUUGGUGUGAGAUGUUGAACAUUUCCUCCACGAGAAAGAAUUCCUCCAUGGUGGUCAUCAUGUCUUUAGGAACUGUUUACACCGUGUUUUACAAAAAAAAAGUUUCUUACAAACCUCAUAAAGUAGAAUGAAGGUUUGUCGUCUUUCUGAACGUCAAGCAAACAAAUCUGUUUUCUUCUUUUGGCAGGUUUUGGACACAAAAUGUUCUGUUUCACCUCGUGUGCUCGUGUUUCUGUCGAACACCGUUUUGAUUUUCUCAUCUUUCUGUCUUUCCACACCGUCGGUAAAGCUCAUGUUCCUCCCAGAGUAUCUGCCUAAGAUAAAAAAAAAGGAGAGCACAUCUGGAAAUCUGAAGGAGAGUGUUGAGGUCCGGCCCGAGAAACUUCGAAAGCUGACAGGAUUGAAUUGACUCGUUGAAAUACUCCUCUGAGGUUUUUCUUUUCUGGACCGAUUUCUGUACAAGAAGUCUCUGAGAGACGCAGCUGUUUGUUUCUGAAUAAAGAUCUCCCACCAUGUUC